GCUUUGACAGCUGGCGCUCAUCGUCAACAUGGCGGAAGAUAGCUUGCAUGAAGGCGAAGAUGAAAACAUUUUAUACGAUUUACUUGUUCUUACUGAAUGGCCUCCAGAAACCGACACACAGCAGCGAGGCAACAAGGAACACGACACGUCUCUUAUUGCAAGAGCAGCAACAGGCCCAUUCAGAUUAAUCUUGCACUAUUUGUGGUACAGCCCCUCCGGCUCAUCUUUGCCCGUCGGUCUUCUCCGGCUGGCGAACAAGCAGAUCAACUGGCAGCUGGUGCUUGCAAGUAACGGCAAACUCUUGGCUUUGGUUCAGGACCAGUGUGUGGAGAUUAGGUCUGUAAGAGAUGACUUUGGCUCAGUCAUUGGGAAGUGCCAGGUUCCAAAGGACCCCAACCCCCAAUGGCGGCGGGUGGCGUGGAGCCACGACUGCGCCCUGCUGGCGUUUGCGGACAGCACGGGCACAGUGCGCCUCUUUGACCUCGUGGGCAGCGAGCUGUUUGUCAUCCAGCCGGCGCUGAGUUUCCCCGGAGAUUUCAGCUGCGCCGUGGCGGGCCUAAUUUUCCUCGAGUACACGGGCGGCGCUCAGUGGUCGGCCGAGCUGCUCGUCGUCACGUAUGGGGGCGGCCUCAAGAGCUACCUGGUCAGCGUGGGGACCAAUCAGAACUUCCAGGAGAACCACACCUUCAGCUUUUCGUCCCACUAUGCCCACGGCAUUACCUCAGCCAUGUACCACCCGGGACACCGUCUGCUGCUUAUAGGAGGCUGCGAGUCAGGAGACAACAGCACAUCCAAAGCCUCUAGCUGCGGCCUCACCGCCUGGAGGGCUCUCUCCGGCUCGCCCCACUACAAGCAGGUCACCAGCUACGAGGACGACGUCAACCUGAGUCAGAAGCGAGGUUUCUUAAGGAUGCCCACCUUCCGGCUGUUCAGCAGGCAAGGAGAUGAAAAGGACGGCGUAUUCCGCAUGAGCCUCAGCCCCGACGGCACCCUGCUGGCUGUCAUCCACUUCUCGGGGCGCCUGUCUCUCUGGGACGUCCCCUCGCUUAAACAGAGGGCGGCGUGGGAGCAGGACCAACAGCCAGGAUUUGAGGAGAUCAAUCCAGAGUGGAAGACGUCGCUGGAGAGGAGGAAGAAAAUAAAAGAUAAAGAGCAGUACCGGCCGCUAGUGGACGUCAACUGGUGGAGUGAAAACGUCCUCAUCCUGGCUCGCUGCUCCGGCUCCGUCACCGUCUCGUCUGUCAGGACCCUCAGGAACCUUCUGGGCAAAUCCUGCGAGUGGUUCGAGCCCUCGCCCCGGGUCACGGCCGCACGCGACGGCGGGUUCCUCAGCCUGGAGUGCGAAGUGAAGCUCGCCCAAAAGCGCGGGCGUCUGGAGAGCAACCUCGGCGGUGAAGACGAGGAUGGUGGCGACGACGGAGGCGGAGACUCUGACUCGGAUGACGAGUCCUCCGCUAAGGCCCGCUACUUUGGCUACAUCAAGCAGGGCCUGUACUACGUGACGGAGAUGGAACGCUUCGCACCGCCACGCAAGCGCCCGCGCACCGUGAUCAAGAACUACCGUCUGGUUAGUCUGAGGUCCACGACUCCUGAAGAACUCUACCAGCGGAAGAUUGACAGUGAAGAGUAUGGUGAAGCCUUGUCUCUCGCCCAAGCGUACAAUCUGGACUCGGACCUGGUCUACCAGAGACAAUGGAGGAAGAGUACAGUCAGCAUCGCCUCCAUCCAAGACUACCUGAGCAAGAUCCGCAAGCGCUCGUGGGUGCUGCACGAGUGCGUGGAGCGCGUCCCGGAGAAUGUGGACGCAGCCAAGGAGCUGCUGCAGUACGGCCUAAAGGGGACCGACCUGGAGGCCCUCAUUGCCGUAGGCAACAAGGAGGACGGGGGCAGGUUUGUCAUGCCGGGCGACGUUGACCUGGACGACCUUCCGUAUGAGGACCUGUCAGAUGAGGACGAGGUGGACAUGAAAAAGGAGAAGGACAGCAAGAGGAGACAAGAACUUCUGGCCAAGGUUGACUUCAGCAGGCUGACUCUGGAGCAGAAGGAGCUGUGUCGGAGCCGACUGAAGCUGCUCUCCUAUCUAGACCGUCUGGCAACUUAUGAGGAGAUACUCGGAGGUCCUCACGCAGCAGAGCAGAAAUAUGAUGCAGAGUUCUUCAAGAAGUUCCGUAGUCAAAAUAUCGUGUUGUCAGCCAGGAACUACGCCAGGGAGAGUAACGUGCAGGCUCUGGACAUCCUCUUCACCUACCACGGGGCAGAGCUCCUGCAGCAUCGUCUGGCCAUCCUUUGCAACUUCCCAGAAACCACCUCUCCACACGAGUACACAGUCCUGCUCCCUGAGGCCUGUCUGAAUGAGCGAGGCGAUCUGGUUCUGAUCCCCUGGGAUGAGCAGAGACACCGAGAAAUGGACUGGUGUGAGGCGGAGGAGUGCAGAGCGGUGUUGGAGCAGAACCAUUUUGACGACGACAUGUUUCUCUAUGAGGAUGCUCCGGAUCUGCUGAGGUUCCGCACGCCGAUGCCUUCCAUUCAUCUCCUCACCGACUGGUACCGCAGCCGAGCGCAGGAUAUCGACUCUUGCUCCAGACAGGUGGACUGCGCCCUGUCCCUGGUGCGCCUCGGGAUGGAGCGCGACAUCCCCGGCCUGGAGCUCCUGUGCGACGACCUGGUCACCCUGGAAACCGUGAUCUACGAGACGCUCUGUGAACGCAACCUGACGCUUUCUGAUUUGCAGCGGAUGGGCGACAUCGACAAGCUCCGGCUCCUCAUGAAAAAUUCCAGCAGGGAGCGCUACGUGAAAGAUGCCUUCCAGUGGAUGGUGCCCUUCCUGCACCGCUGUGAGCGACAGGAGGAGGGCGCUGCCAAAUGUCUGCUCAGAGACUACUUGGUCAGCCUGGCCCGGCGGGACCUCACCUUUCCUCUCAUCAUCUUCCAGCACUCCAAACCUGAUUGUCAGCAGAAGGUGAUGGGGGACCCUGACCAGCUGAUGGGGUUGGCUCUGGAGAGCAUCUACAGCAGCGAGAGAGACGACCAACUCAGCCUCUGCUACGACAUCCUGGAGUGUCUCCCACAGAGAGGCUUUGGGCCUGAAACGGACGUCACCUCUUCCCUGCAUGAUCAGGUGGACAAACUUGAGAAACACCUCAGUGUGGCAGAGGUCCUGGAGAAACACGGCCUCCAGAAGCCCAUCUCAUACGUGAGGAACAGUCAGAACAGCGAAGAGGAAGCCCACCAGCUCAUGAUCAAACUGUGUCGCCACACGGGACGCAAGAACCCCCCAGUGGGGGAGACGGUGUGGAGAGGUCUGCUGCAGGACCUGCUGGACAUGCAGCAGAACGUCUACAGAUGUUUAAAAGUGGAGACAUGCCACCAGAUCUUUGUUGAGUCCCUGCUGUGCUCCAGCCGGCUGGAGAACGUGCGCCUGGCCGGACAGCUGAUGCACUGCUCCCAGGUCAGCCAGGACGUCCCCGUCAGCCUGUCCUUACGUGGCAAGAGCUUCGCCAUGAAGGUGGCCUACGACAGCAGCGUGGAGCUGGUGCUGGCCGCCGCUAGAGAAUACUUCAACUCCUCCACCACGCUGAUGGACUCCUGCAUGAGUCUGGCCAGGGCGUGUCUGCAGCUCAUCACCGACUGUCCUCCGGCCGUCCGAGACGAGCUGGACCUCAUCAGCGCCCUCAGCCAGCUGGAGGACUUCAGCGUCAACAUCCUGCCCCUGCAAGUGCGUCUGCGUGCUGACCGUCUGUCUCUCAUGGAGGACUGCAUCGCCCGCUGCUCCACCGCCUACAAGCAGUCCAACACUCUGCUGAGUCUGGCUUGUCUGCUGCGAGUGGCAGGGGACGAUGAGGACACCCGCAAAGGGCAGGUGUUGACCCUGCUGGCGGAACAAGCUCUGCGGUUUGUGGACUUGAAGGCUGCGUACAUUCACUGCCAGGACCUCAUGGCUGCAGGUUACAGUCCAGCCUGGGGUGUGUGCAGCCUGCUUGGCCAAUGCGACGGUUUCACCGACCUGGAAGCCAGACAGCAGCUGAUGGCCUAUGCUCUCACCCACUGUCCUCCUGACAACAUCCACGCUCUGCUAGCGGCCUCCAGUGACCUCCAGACUCAGGUGUUGUACCAGGCGGUGAACUACCAGAUGGAACCUGGCACCUCACCGGGGGGGAAAGAAGCAGACGACAGCGGCUCAUUAAAGGUGCCACCUCCCUCCGCAGGCACCCCCGUGGCGACAGCGGGGGCCUUGCUCCACAGGACGACUGCUAAAACCAUGGAGGUUCUGACCACGACGGGGCUGAGCACCAAGGCCGUGCUGACCGCCAUCGGUGACCGCCACUGGUGGAAGCGGUCACUCGGCUACCUGCGCCCGCUGCAGGGGAGCAGUGAUGGAAGCGCCGGUGAGGAGUGGCCGUGUGAAAAUGCCAACCUGGAACGUCAGGGAUGUUGUUCCUUCUAUCAAGAUCUCUUUGACCAUCCCUAUGUUGACCCGAGUCAAGACGUGUAUUCGUCCUACAAAGAUGUUCCCCCGGAAAACUUUGCUGAGGUUCUGCUGAGGACCGGCAAACUGGCUGAGGCCAAAAAUGAAGGAGGAACCCCGUUUCCCGCAACAGAGGUUUUACUGCAGCUGGCCAACGACGCCUUUCCCCGGGACAUGAUGCUGGCGCUGUCCUACUUACUGGCCCUGCCUCAGGUCCUGGACGCCAACAAGUGCUUUGACCAGCAGUGCCACUCGGCCCUUUCUCUCCAGCUGGCGGCGUACUACUACUCCCUGCAGAUCUACAGCCGCCUCAUGCCCUGCUUCAAGGACAAGAAGCACACGCUCUACCAGGCUGACCCAAAGGAGCUGAUCCGCCUGGUCACCCGCCACGUGUCCUCGUAUUCGGGUUGGCCGGAGGAGCUGCAGAAUUUGAUCGCUCAGCUCCACGCCUACAACGAGCAACUGACCGACUUCACCCAGGCCCAGGUGCUGCAGGGGCUGGGCCGCGGCGUGGACGUGCAGAGGUUCAGCUCCGACCCGGACUACAAGAAGGAGACCAUCCUCGGCCUGGCAGAGACGCUGGAUCACAGUGUGUACAGCAUCUCGCUGUCGUUGGCUAAGCGCUACAGCGUUUCUCUGUGGGAGGUCCACAUGACUCAUCUGGAGUUCCUCUUCACAGACAGCGGCCUCUCCACCAAGGACAUUGAAUCGCGCAGCGAGUCCCUGGGCCUGUUCCAGACGCUAAAGAGCAACCCCCAGGCCUUUUCUAGCCACAUGAGCAAGUAUGUUCUUCCCAGCGUGGAGGGAAGCGACCUGGGCCGCCUGCUGUACUACUACACCCUGCUGGACGCCGCCGGCUGCGAGCCUUACGUGGUCGGCGCCGCCAUCAAACCGGAAAGCCACGUCAAGCUGCUCAAGAAGCUUCGAGCCGUGGCCAACGGCUUAAACUACCGCCAGCUGACAGACGAGUCCCUGGACCCACUGGUCGCUCUACAACCGGUCCUGACCAGUCAGAACGUGCUGUCCAUCUCUAAACUCGCCAAUCUUCUGCCAAGGCCCGCUGGUGGCGGUGGAGGGCCGGCAACGCUCUCCCCCAGUGCGGUCCACGCCACGUGGCUGCAGAAGUUGUUCUGGAAAGGAGACGCCCAGUUGCUGAAAAGACCUCCACAGAGCGAGCAGGACUACCUCCAUGCUUACGACACCUGCGCCAAGUACCUGGACAGGCUGGUGCCUGCUGACGCUGUCCACUUCCUGGACAACAUCACUUUCUCCACAGAGGCGGUCCAACAGCUGAGCGUCCAAGUGCGAUCCGAGCUGAUCCGCCAAGCCACCAAAGCCCUGCGCCAGCUGGGUGAGAAGAGCAGGAAGCGCGGGCCAGAGGGGGCCGGCGAUCGAGAGGGGGUGGGUGCGGCGGCGAUGACUUUUGAUGAAGCCCUGGCGCACCUGCGGCAAUCGCAGGCCCACCUGGACACCCUGAGUCACCCGUUCGUCGUGUCGCUCAAAGACAGCCAGCAGGAGCACCUGCGGCGUUAUGGUCGACUCUACGACGUGUCCCGAUCCGAGAGGUCAAAGGUGCACGAGCUGGCAGUCGCCAUGGCAACCGACGGGCAGCCACUGGAGAGCAUGGCAGAGCUCCUGCGGGUUGCCGUAGGUUGCCAGGACCUGUCCGUCAACAGCGUGCUGCAGGACGCCGUCGCCAGAGCGGUCGCCGCACUCAGCAGCGUCUCUGACCGCCUUACGAAUCCCACGGAAGCCCUCAGGGAGCUGGAGGCCAUGGUGACGGCAGUGCACCACAGUGUGCAGAGAGGUGACAACGCGGUGACCUCGGACGACCUGCUGGCCUGGUUGCGUCCAUUCUGCGGCGAGGCGUCCCUGCCGGUGCUUCCUCGAAUCGCCGUGCUGCAGAUGUUGGAGAGCAACUUUAGCCUGCGAGACGGCGACGUCCGCCUGCUGCUGCUCUACAGGACGGAGGCUGUGCUCAAAGACAGACAGGUGGAGAUGGAGGACGUGGAGAGUGAGGAGAAAAGGUACAGCCUCUUCCUGCAGCUGCUGGAGGUGGCAGACAAGUGGGAAGACUUCCAGACGCUCAUCCUGCUCCUGCAAGCUUGGCCGCCCAUGAUGCAAGAAGACGUGGCGCAGUCGCGGUGUAACCCCUGGGUGGUGCUGACAUCAGCAAUGCUGACCCGCUGCCAGGGAGCGCAGGUGGAUGUGGACGUGGGUCAGCAGGUUGUGACGGUGGUGCGGUCCUUGUACAACAGCAAACACAAGCUCCCUGCACAGUGUAUCAGAAGCAUGGCCGACCUGCUGCUACGACACGAGCCCAGCCUCCAGCAGCCUGCGCUCAAGCUGAUGGCUGAGAGCGGCGACGUGGAGCUGCUGAAGCUCACUUUGGAUCACAUGAACGACAUGAGCACAGAGAGGGCGUCCUUGUGCGACGGCGAGCUCCUGGGGCUCCUCCUGGACGCCGGGCUCCUGGUGGGCUGCGUGUCGUCGGCCGUCUACCCGCUCCUCCGUGCCCACAUGCUAGCCCACCAGCAGGAGGGGGGUUGGGACGUGGAAAAGGCCGCCGCCCAGCUGCUGGCGGCCGGACACGGGGCCGAGGCGGGCUCCCUGCUGCUGGCCCACCGUGGGACCCAUCAGGCACAGUUCACCUUCAACUCUGCUUUGGCCGUUCUCAACAAGUGGCUGUGAGGAGCUUCCAUUCCCGAACGGCUCCUGUGUGAAUGGCUGGCCAGAAGGUAGCCAUCAUGCAGCCGUGGAUCAAGGUGGGAGGCAGGUAUUUACGUGUCCUUUUGUGUGAUGAACUAAUUGGCCCACAUCGCCUGAAUAUUAGCCCUUUGUUUAUGUGACAGCGUCGGCAUUGUGGCGCCUUGUCGAAAAAAAUGCCGCCUGGUCACCAUCGUUUUCACCCCAAUAAUGUCAAAUUAAUUCUUGCUGAACAAAUUAGCCCCACACUGUUUUCUCCCUCUUAUACACACACACACACACACACGCACACGCACGCACAGCCACACACGACCUGUGAUAGCAACCAAUGAUGCGGAGUUCUUGCGUACUCUAAACAUCAAGUCACUUUCAUGCACAUUUGAAAUAAGGAUGAGAAUGAUGCAUUAAAAUAACACCUGUUGCACUUAAAGCCACAAAACUGACAUAUGAAAUUGUGUGUAAAAUCCUACUCGCAAAAACGUAAUGCACAUGGUUUGUUAAAAACAAAGUGAAAAGUCGUAUUCUGUCUCAGUCGUCAUGAAUGUGUGUUGUCAUGACAACUCAGUAGGACAUGUUGCUAAGAGGUAGCUUUUACUUUGCACACCGUUGACGUUUUAUCCCUAUCCUUGCUUAUCCUCCCUCGGGUCGCGGGGGCAUGCUGGAGCCUAUCCCACUAUCCCAGCUGACUUUGGGCGAGAGGCGAGGUACACCCUGGACUGGCUGCCAGCCAAUGGCAGGGCACAUGUAGACAAACAAUCAUUCACAAACUUCUCUAAAGUGGUCAGUGUGGAAAAAAUGCAUUCAUUAAAAACAAAAAUGAAAAAAAAGCUUUUCAGUGCAGCAACAACAAAUACUGUGUAUUACAUUUUGUGUAGAAUUCUACAGAAUUCAAGUGAAAUUAUUGGGGGUGUCACAAGACCUCGCAAGAUUCAAACGUGACGAGAUUUCUCAUUCAGAAAAAGAAUGUUUGAUGGGACGAGGAGGAUAGUAAAUAAAUAAAUGAGUCACUUCCAAUAAAUGGAAAUGAAGUGGAAAAUCAAUAUAUUGCUAAGCGCAUGCGUGCCUGUUUUCCUCCUCUCGCGCCUCCCAACAGGCAGGAAGAGAGUUCACUCUGUGUGACCUUGUUUCUUACAAUCACGUCUCGUCUCGUGAACCGGCUGUCUCGUGACACCUCUAGAAAUCCUCCACACAUGGUUUGAUUGAUAUUCUAAAAGUUAGCAUUCUGUCUCCCACAUGAUCAUUGAGGAAAUUGUAGCAAAGGUUAAGCAUAUUACAUGAAUAUUAAUGAAGCCGCAUUACGUUGUUGGGUUUUUUUCUUGAAAAAAACCCACGUAAAAUACAAAUCCUGAUGCAAGAAUUUCGAAGCAGUCAGUUUCAGAAAAAGUAUGAAUUAAAAAUGUGAAAAUGUAAUGGCCUAAUGGUUGGCAUGUUGGGCACACAGUCUGGGCAAACGCUUGUAUCUUUGUAUCGAUUUCGUGUGGCGUUUUCUCCGGGUACUCCGGCUUCCUCCCACAUUCCAAAAACAUGCAUGUUAGCUUCAUUGGAGACUCUAAAUUGUCCACAGGUAUGAAUGUGAGUGUGAAUGCUUGUUGGUCUAUAUGUGCCCUGCCUGCCAUUGGCUGACGACCCCUGCGACUCUAGUGGGGACAAGUGGAAUAGAACAUGAACAAUGGAAAAAUGCAAUGUAGUGUUUCUUUAGUGUUGUUAAACGCAGACUGGCUCACUCAUCAGAGCUGAAAUAAACAUCAACAACGAAACAAUCACCUGCCAAUGUUUUUUCUGCUCCUUUGUGUUUUGGUUCCUUUCCGCAGGCGGUCUCGUUAACAUGUCGCUGACUUUUACGGCUAAUGAACGGUUGUUCGAGUGAUUUGUUCUCCUGAUGGAUGCACUCAAAAAACCCCACAUAAUUACCCACAGAGCUCCCAUUGUGCUAAGAUAAUUACAACCCUCUGACCCAAACAUCCUGACAUUCGUUUUUUACAUUUUCUUUCGCUUCAGCCAUCAAAGGAUUUUCUUGCAUGUUUUUCCUAAAGUGGACGGACACUUUUAAAUGGCAUGUUUAAAAAUGGAACUCUUAAUUGGUGUCUUAAAGUGACUGGGAAUAAAGUUAACUUACCACGUUUACCAGCAUAAAACUUGCUUGCUACCAGAAUUUGGGUUGAUCAAUCCGUCAACCGAUCCCAAUCCUAACCAAUCACCCAACUCACAACAUGUUAGUCGGAUCAAUUGAACAACCAAUCGGAUUGUUCAGUCAAGCAGUCACCUAAGCAACCAACGAAUUCAUGGAUUCUAUUCAUUGAUCAAUCAAUAAACCAACAAGUCAAGCUACAAACCAACCAAUUGACAACAAGUCAGUCAUGAUUGAUCAGUCAGACAGAUAGAUACUUUAUCUUUAAGAGAAAAUCAGGUAGUAAACCAUUAUGUCCACCUAACAACCAGUGAAUUGGAAUUGAUCAAUCAGUCAACCAACUGGGAUUGGUUGAUCUGUCAUUCAACUAAUCAGUCAUUCUAUCAACUAAUUAAUCAGUCCAUCAACCCAUCGGUCAUCCACCUGGGAUUGAUCAAUCAGUCCAUCUACUAGUCAACCAAACCAUGAAUCUAGAUUGGUUGCUCAAUCUACUGUACCAAUCAGUCUACCAACCAGGAUUGAUUGAUUAAUC